AUGUCUCUCUCUUCUUAUCACGCAUUCACAUCCCUGAUAUUGUUCCUAUCAUUGAUAUCUCUGCAGUUGGUUUACAACCCUGCGGUACAUCCUUCCAUACUCUUGCCUGUUGUGGCCACGAACAGUUACACCACCGCCGGUGUUCCCCGCAGUGAUGUGCGAGACCCCGAGUGGAGUUACGCCAACAUUAGUGCCUGGCCGCCGCUCUGCAGAGAAGGUGUGCGGCAGAGUCCCAUCUCCUUUGCCACUCGUGCGGCUCAACAACACACCGUCUGGCGAAGAGACUUGGAGCCACUGCAGUUCUCACAGGGAUGUACAUUCGCCGCAGAGCAGACAUCCUUAAAGAUAGUGAAUGAAGUGAAUACCAUUUCGGCUCACUUUGUGGAUCUGGAUGAUCCAAGUGGGGAGUCGCCUAAUCCAUGUACAACGCGAGAUCCCACUGAUAAAAAAUCACCACUGUAUCGAUUUAUGGCUUUACACUUUCACUCACCAGUUGAACAUGAAUUUCCACGUGGUAAACCAGAUGCCGAAUUACAUCUUGUAUUUGCGCAUACUUCCUCAACAGGGAAAUUGGCUCGAUUGGUAAUUGCGGUUCAACUUGUUGCAUCUAAUAAAGUGAAUACAACCUCUGUACGUGCUCUUCGACAUAUAUUGGUAGAAGGUUCACUUCCACCUAAACAUGCUCUCACAACAUGUACAUUAACGGAAGAUAUUGCCAUUGAUGGAUUUCUUCCAAGGCGAAGAAAUUAUCUUGUCUACAAUGGAUCACUUACAACUCCACCAUGUGAAGAAAAUGUUCGUUUUGUUGUGAUGACAGUUCCUCAGAUUAUCUCUAAACUUGCAUUAGAGCGACUUAUUCAAGCCUUCAAUCGUGCCCGUCCAGGAGAACACAUGGGGAAUAGAAGACCCGUACAACCUUUAAAUGGACGUACUAUUUACCGCUACGUGGAUUUAGAGUAUGAGAGGAAAAAAUCGUCAAAGAAAGAUAUGAAGGAUUAUUAUAAUGUAGAUCCACUUCAGAAAGAUGUUUGGGGAGGAGAUGAUGAGAUUCCAAGCAAUAUAUCCAAGUCAUCAGUCCCUAUUCCCAAUACAACAACAACAACAACACCAACAACAAAAACAACAAAAGGAGGAAAAAAAGAUUCAGAAGACAGUGAUGAUAGCAGCAUGGAUGAUUCUCAGGACAAAGUUAAUAAAUGGCCCCGUGCAUUUACAAGAAAUGAAGCAAUUCUUUUUACAUGUGCCGCCAUUUUACUCCUUAUUGUGACUUUUAUUUUAUACAGACGAUGGAGUCGUGCGGUAACACCUGGAAUGAGUUCAGAAGAGACGCAGCCACUUUCACGCAGAUCAUGGGAUUAUGGGACAGCACAGCUGUAG